AUGGCCGGAUCCGGCGCGUGGAAGCGCCUCAAAUCAAUGCUGAGGAAGGAUGAUGCGCCGCUGUUCUUAAAUGACACCAGCGCCUUUGACUUCUCGGACGAGGUGGUCGACGAGGGGCUUUCUCGGUUUAACAAACUUCGAGUUGUGGUGGCCGACGAUGGUUCCGAAGCCCCGGAAAGGCCUGCUAACGGGGCGCACUCGGCCCUCCAGGCCGACGAUGACUCCUUGCUGGACCAGGACUUACCUUUGGCCAACAGUCAGCUGAGUUUGAAGGCGGACCCCUGUGACAACUGCAGCAAGCAGAGAGAGUUGUUGAAGCAGAGAAAGGUGAAAACCAGAUUGACCAUUGCUGCCGUUCUUUACUUGCUUUUCAUGAUUGGAGAGCUUGUAGGUGGAUACAUUGCAAAUAGCCUAGCAAUCAUGACUGAUGCACUUCAUAUGUUAACUGACCUAAGUGCCAUCAUAUUGACCCUGCUUGCUUUGUGGCUGUCUUCAAAAUCACCAACCAAAAGGUUCACUUUUGGAUUUCAUCGCUUAGAGGUUCUGUCAGCUAUGAUUAGUGUGCUGCUGGUGUAUAUACUUAUGGGGUUCCUCCUCUAUGAAGCUGUCCAAAGAACUAUCCACAUGAAAUAUGAAAUAAAUGGAGAUAUAAUGCUCAUUACUGCAGCUAUUGGAGUUGCAGUUAACGUGAUAAUGGGGUUUCUGUUGAACCAAUCUGGUCACCAUCAUGCCCAUUCCCACUCCCUGCCCUCAAAUUCUCCUACCACAGGUCCCAAAUGUGGACACAACCAAGGGCAGGAUAGCCUGGCAGUGAGAGCUGCAUUUGUACAUGCAUUGGGGGAUCUGGUACAGAGUGUUGGUGUGCUAAUAGCUGCAUACAUCAUACGAUUCAAGCCAGAAUACAGGAUUGCUGAUCCCAUCUGUACAUAUGUGUUUUCAUUACUUGUGGCUUUUACAACCUUUCGAAUCAUAUGGGACACAGUAGUGAUAAUUCUAGAAGGUGUACCAAGCCAUUUGAACGUAGACUAUAUCAAAGAAGCUUUGAUGAAAAUAGAAGAUGUACAUUCAGUGGAAGAUUUAAAUAUCUGGUCUCUCACUUCAGGAAAACCUACUGCCAUAGUACACAUACAGCUAAUUCCUGGAAGUUCAUCUAAAUGGGAGGAAGUACAGUCCAAAGCAAAGCAUUUAUUAUUGAACACGUUUGGCAUGUAUAAAUGUACUAUUCAGCUUCAGAGUUACAGGCAAGAAGUGGAAAGAACUUGUGCAAACUGUCAGAGUCCCAGUUCCUAA